UUCCAUUAAGAUUAAUUAUUUUCAUAUAUAAUAUAAUAACAAUAAAAUAUAGGGACCCAAAAUUUUGAUUUUAAAAAAUAAAAGUGAAUUGACCUUUGGUUCCUUCUUCAGAAAACACAUCAAAUGAAAUGAACCACCUAUACUGCUAGCGAUGGCGGACGAGAGAACGAAAGGCGAAGGCGGCAAGUUAAUGUCACGCGCGGUAAUGGCUGAAUCGCCAAACAGGAAAUCAACCUCGACUGAUACCAAUUCGAAAUCGGUCGGUUCAGAUCAGCUGAACCGAACCGAUGGCGGAGCAUGCCCUGCGUCGCCGAAGAAGAAUUCCAGUUCUGCAGAAGCUGCUGGUAAUGGUAUUGGGAGAAAGGCGAAAUCUUGCAAAGGAUGCCUUUAUUAUUCUUCGCGUUUUAAGGCUGAUUCUCGGAACCCUCUGUGCGUUGGCCUCACCCGUUCCCUUCCCAAUGUGCCUCCAUACAUUGUUGGACAAACUGAGGUUGAAGCAUCUAAAGAGGGUAGAAACCUUACAGAGUUUAGAUACGGUUGCGUUGGUUAUUCACUUUAUGAGGAUUGUAAAAGCCAAUCCCCCAAUGGGCAACAACAUCAAGCAGAAUUACCUGUCUGCUUAGGCCUUGAGGUUUUGGUGGAUAGGAGAGUUGCUAACCCUUCUGCUGAAACUGCACGUAUUCCUACCCAUGCUCACAAUAAAGGUGAUGGCAAUGAAUUGCCACAUAGGCGAACACCUAAACCUACUAAUGCAACUGGGGAAGAGUUCACUCGAAAUGCAAACCUGGUGGCAAAUGGGGUGGCUAAGAACAUCCGUAAAGUAGGAAAUCAAAUAAAACAAGGCUUUGAUGACAUAAUGUAUCGACGACCUAAGUAAGAGGCUGACACUUGCCCUAUAUCUGAAUCAAUAAUAAAGCUUUGUGUCUCCAUGUAUUAUUACUCCAUUCCUCUUUUCUUGCUAAAACUUGUGAAUUAUGAGGUCUUAAGAGGCUUUUUUUUUUUUUUUAGUAUUUANUUUUUUUUUAGUAUUUAUUUCUGUACUGAUCUUUCAGUUUGGAAAACAGGCAUGUAUUCUGUUAUAGGGUCCAUUAUCUUUGCCUGGAUAUGGUGCUUCAAGUUCAUAUUUAAUUAUUUGUGUACAGAUACAAGUUUUUGCCAAAUCCCUAAUUCUAAAUUAUGGCAUUAUUAUGAAGCUAUGAACAUGUGAUAUAACA